AAUCAGCCAGUUCAACACACUGCUGUUGUCUGUGUCCAUUUUUAUUUUAGUUUUAGGUUUUUAUUUUAGUUUUUUAUUUUUAGUUUUUUUAAUUUUAGUUUUGUUUUAUUUUCACCGACGCUGUUCUUCCUUCGGGAAUCCCUGGUUGCUGGAGCUCAUCUCCAGCAAGUGGCCCCCAAACAGGACCCAAAGGAAUGCUGUCCAUGGUUUCCUGAAGAAGAUACAGUAAACUUACAGACAUGGAAUAGAGUAGGAGAUCAGCUUAGGGAGUAUUAUACUCUCCAUGGACCAGAAAAGGAUUCAGAUUCUCCUUUGUGGAUUCUGGACAGACUCAUUAGACAUGUUCAACCCGCCACCACCUCCUCCAUCUUUCCACACAUCGACUCAACGCAAGAGAUGUCUAUCGGAGGAGAGCCGAGGAGGACAACUGACAUAUCGCAUGAGAGAACUUCACCUUCAAGACGACUGGCAACCGCUGAGACCAACCCCGAUGCCAUGGCACAGACUGACCCAAGCGACUCAAGACAGCAGUCCACCAGCAUGGGGCCAAAUAAAGAAACUGACGAAUGAAGCUGAGAGACUGGUUCUCAACCAAGGACUUCAACCUUCUCCUUUUACUCUUUUUGUUGCUAUACUUGCCAUUUUAGCUUGUCAGGCAAAAUGUGACAAACCGGGUACUUCUUAUUGGGCUUAUUCACCUAACCCUCCUUCCUUUCAACGGGUAACUUGGGAGAAUGAGGUUAUUCCACUUUAUACUAACAUUCCUUCUUUGAUGGGAGGAACUCAGUCUCCUAUUCAAUUGGGACAGGCUGUUAAUCCUAAAAACUUCUCCUUUUAUGGAGUUUCAAGUUCUGUUCCUAUCUGCUUUGUUAUCCCCAAUACUAUAAAGGAUGAGGCUCCCUCCAUUAAUGGUUGUGCUCCAACAUCUUAUAAGGGGUUGUUGACAGAUUCUCCUAAUUAUGCAGUUGCAGACAAAAGACUCCUAUGGUCUCUAAUUUUGCUUUUACCUGGAGACUCUUCUCCUAAAAUGUUUACUCCUAAAGAUUAUCCGAAAGCCCUCCCUGUUUGUGCAGCAUCUCCUCCAGAGAAGGAUGACACUAAUGAGGAAUGGGCCUUUGUUAACCCUAAAAUAGGCUUCCCAAAAUGGAGAUAUUGUGCUUAUAAAAAGGAGAUUCAUAUUGUUAUUCCUGGAACAUAUUUAACUGUAAUUGAUAGAAGUUGUGCAGAUUCUUCUGUAGACUAUAGGCUUUUCUUGGAAUCAACUAAUGUUAGAUACUCUUGGAAAAAUGAAUAUAUCCCUCGCCGCAUUCCAAUUAAUAGAUGGCAUAUUAAUGGAUGGGUACCAAGCAUCUUGACUAUUUCUACAAAAAAAGGCAGGAUAUUUUCAAUCUGAAAUAUGGCGUGUGAUUGCUGCCACAAAACUGGUUAACACUGUGCAGGCCGGAAAAUCAGAGCAGAUAUCAGGUACAGGCUUGCUUACAGUCUCCAUAUGCAUUUUUAAUUUCCGGAGAUUAUAAUUCCUUAAAUAUCUCUGAGUAUGCUGACAAAUAUCAUGUAUCUUGUAUCCGCUGUAAUCUUACAAAUUGUGUUUCCCCUUUAACAAAUGUAAAAACACUGAUGAUUGUUCAGCGACCCCCAUAUUUAAUGGUUCCUGUCACUCUAAAUACUACAUGGUUUGAUAGUUAUGGUUUGCAAGCUUUGCAGGAUGUAAAUGCACUUCUUGUUUGUGGUCGUCGCUUUGUAGCUCCUCUUAUUCUUGGAAUUACAGCAUUUAUAGCUUUAGCAACUUCCCUUUCGCUUUCUGCUAUAGCCUUAUCUCAAGAAAUUCACACAGCAACUUUUACUGAUCAAUUAUCAAAAAAUGUAUCUAUGGCUUUACCUACACAAGAAAUUAUAGAUAGAAAACUAGACUCUAAGGUUAAUGCUUUAGAAGAAGCUGUUCCCAUGAUUGGUCAGGAACAGACAUCUUUUAAGGUUCGCCUUGCCUUGAGAUGUCAUAUUGAUUUUCAUUGGAUUUGUGUAAUGCCCCUAAAAGUUAAUGAAUCUCUGUAUUCUUGGGAGAGAGUUAAAAAUCAUAUCCUAGGUAUCUGGAAUCACUCAGAUUUAAAUUUUGAUUUAAAUUCUUUACGUAUUCGUGAGAUUAGUCAAGCUGAGGCUGAGUUUUCUGCCUCACAAAUAUCAAACACAUUUUUUCAAAAUGUAUCCUCUUAUGUCUCUCAUAAAAGCUCUUUUACCACUAUGAUUAAAGUGGCUUUGAUUGGA